AUGCAAAGAAAUUUAUCAAACGAAAUAUUACAAACGUCUCUAUCAGUGCUAAUCGAUCGAACAACUUUAUGGGAUAAUUCAUCGAAAGAUGAUGAUAAUAAACAAGAAAAAUGUGUUGCACCAUUAACUGAUAAUGCAUGGCAAUCAGUUGGUUCAAUUCAAGAUUUAAUUGAUUCAAAAUAUGGUUUAAAUACGUAUAAAAAUUCUAAUAAUAAUGAAAUAAUUCCAUGGACGAAUUCUGAUUUACAACAAGUAUGA